GCCCAAGCCCCCUCUCCCGGGCCAGCGGGUGGGAGCCUGCCGCCUGGAGCUGAGCCCGGGAGCGACCCCACCCGCCCUGGGGACCCUGGAGCUCUCGCGGGCCCCGCCCCCGGCGGGUGGGCGGGGCGUGGGCUGGGGGCGGGGUCGGCCCCGGGAAGGGGCCCCUUUGGCCCCCGAGGCCCCCGAGCCAGCCUCCCGCGCUCCGCCGCCUCAGCCUGGACGCCAGCCCUGCCAUGUCCUGGGCCGUGGUCUUCGGCCUCCUGGCCGCGCUGCUGUUGCUGCUGCUGCUGACCCGCCGGCGCACGCGGCGACCUGGCGAGCCUCCCCUGGACCUGGGCAGUAUCCCCUGGCUGGGCCACGCCUUGGAGUUUGGGAAAGAUGCUGCUGGCUUCCUCACUAGGAUGAAGGAGAAGCAUGGUGACAUCUUUACUGUGCUGGUGGGCGGCCGGCACGUCACGGUCCUCCUGGAUCCCCACUCCUACGAUGCGGUGGUGUGGGAGCCCCGCAGCAAGCUGGACUUCCACGCCUAUGCCGUCUUCCUCAUGGAAAGGAUUUUCGACGUGCAGCUUCCGCAUUAUAACCCCGGUGAUGAAAAGUCCAAGAUGAAACCGACUCUCCUCCACAAAGAACUGCAGGCGCUCACGGAUGCCAUGUAUACCAACCUCCGAACUGUCCUGCUGGGUGACACCAUGGAAGCGGGCAGUGGCUGGCAUGAGAUAGGGCUCCUCGAGUUCUCCUACAGCUUCCUGCUCAGAGCCGGCUACUUGACCCAGUAUGGCGUUGAGGCACCCCCACACACUCAGGAGAGCCAGGCCCAGGACCGCGUCCACUCAGCCGAGGUCUUCCACGCCUUCCGCCAGCUGGACCUGCAGCUCCCCAAGCUGGCGCGUGGCUCACUGUCAGCGGGGGAUAAGGACCAGGUGGGCAAGGUCAAAGGUCACCUGUGGAAGCUGUUGGCCCCAGCCAGGCUGGCCCGUCGGGCCCACCGGAGCAAAUGGCUGGAGAGUUACCUGCUGCACCUGGAGGAGCUGGGCGUGUCGGAGGAGAUGCAGGCCCGCGCCCUGGUGCUGCAGCUCUGGGCCACACAGGGGAACAUGGGUCCUGCUGCCUUCUGGCUCCUGCUCUUUCUCCUCAAGAACCCCGAGGCCCUGGCCGCCGUCCGUGGAGAGCUUGAGACUGUCCUCUUGGGAGCAGAACAGCCCAUUUCGCAGAUGACCACCCUCCCACAGAAAGUUUUGGACAGCAUGCCUGUGCUGGACAGCGUGCUGAGUGAGAGCCUCAGGCUCACCGCUGCGCCCUUCAUCACCCGCGAAGUCGUGGCCGACCUGGCCUUGCCCAUGGCGGAUGGGCGGGAAUUCAGCCUGCGACGUGGGGACCGCCUCCUCCUCUUUCCCUUCCUGAGUCCCCAGAAGGACCCGGAGAUCUACGCAGACCCGGAGGUGUUUAAAUACAACCGAUUCCUGAACCCUGAUGGAUCAGAGAAGAAAGACUUCUACAAAGAUGGGAAGCGACUGAAGAACUACAGCCUGCCGUGGGGAGCGGGGCACAACCAGUGCCUGGGGAGGGGCUACGCCGUCAACAGCAUCAAACAAUUCGUGUUCCUUGUGCUGACGCACUUUGACCUGGAGCUGAUCACCCCGGACGUGGACAUCCCCGAGUUUGACCUCAGCCGGUACGGCUUCGGGCUGAUGCAGCCAGAACAAGACGUGCCCAUCCGUUACCGCAUCCGGCCGUGAGCGCCACACGCCCAGCCUACCCCAUCACCCAACUUCCCGUGCCUGCGUUCAGCCUGGGUGCCAGGCUUUGAACAUCCAACAGUACCAGCAUUAUGCCUUCCCUGCUGUUCUUCAGAAGACUGUGCCUGGGGGCGGGGUGGGGGGUGGGGAGAAGAGUGAAGAAAAGACACCAAGAGCUGCACAGAUUAUCUGCGACAAAGUUCCAACGUGAGACUUUCUGCUCCCAGCUCCUCCCACCUUUGUGAAAUCCGCUAAAACUACGGGUGUAUGUGCUCAGUCGCUCAGUCGUGUCUGACUCUUUGUGGCCCCAUGGACUGUAGUUUGCCAGGCUCCUCUGUCCACGGAAAUGUUCCAGGCAAGAAUACUGGAGUGGGUUGCCAUUUCCUGCUCCAGGGGAUCUUCCCAACCCAGGGACCGAACCUGCAUCUCUUGCAUCGCUAGCAUGGCAGACAGAUUCUUUAUACUGCGCCACCUAAAGCUGCAGCAGACAGGUCAGACUAAGAGACCUCCUCACUGCUGUGUCACCAACCCCCAAGGGAUCGCCAUCCAAUGCCCUGGGUGUGGUCCAGGCCAUAACAAGUCAAAGCAGACGCUGGCCGUAAAAAGGCCAUUCAGGGUCUAGCAGUACAUCUAUUGAUAUAAACUCUGUCCCUGAACUGUUAUUAAACUACCUAAAAGCCAAA